AUGUUAGUGUCUCUCAGUCAACUUUGCUCCAAAGCCGAUCUGAGGCAAAUCAAACCUGUCCACUUGAGUGAAAAUUAUCCCGAUGUUAGUGUCUCUCAGUCAACUUUGCUCCAAAGCCCAUCUGAGUAUAUCAAUUGUGUGGAAAGUAUUACCACAGUUUUGCUAACAUGCCUGCCCUGGGCAACAGGGAUAUAUGCAGGUGAUGGGAAUGUGAUCCAGUUCAGCCAGGGUCAGGCCAGGAGAUUGGCACAGGGAACAGUGUUAGACCACGUUUUAUUCAGCUCAUCUCCCUCCCGGGAUAAUCCAUGCCCAAGAUGAGGGGAUCAAUCAAGGCUUGAUGGUGUCAUAUGGUCCUGCAUUGAUUGCUUCCUUUCUGGUGGUGAACUCUACAUGUUUCAGUAUUCUGUAUCACCGGCUUUAAUUAUUGCCAAAGCUCAAGGAGGGACCCGUAUCCUUGCUGCUUCUGAUCCACCCAAUGAUGUCCUUCAUCGUGCCAAAUUCCUACUUCAUAAUGGUUUUGGUGUCUACCUCAUCUCUAAGAACAACUGUGAGGACUUUGCAAAUUAUUGUAAGACAGGUUUACUCAUCAUUACUAGCAUCAGUGUUGGCCGGAGUGGACUGGCAGCAUCGAUUUUUGAUGCUGCUUCUGCUACUGUUUCAUCACCACCACUUCGCUUCCUGACUACAAGCUUCACUGGCCUGACAGCUGUGGGUUGCGGUAUAUAUUGUGUUAGCCGGUUUGUUUCUGAUAUUGGAGUGCGUUAUGAUGUGACUAAAGUCCCAGUUCAGAGGCUUGUUGCCAACUCUAGAUUUGAUGGAUCCAAGGAUAUAGUUGAGGCUGCAACAGAGAUGGCUAAAAAAAGACUAAAUUUGUGAUUUGGAGUUAUGGACUGAUGUAACUUGGUGUUCAAGUAGGUUGCAUAGUUGUUUAAAAUUGCCCCUCAUAGUGUUUCUGUUUCUUCAUCUUAUUCUCACAGCUAUAGUAUCUACCAUACAACACUAAUGAGACAGUUUUAGUUCGCUUUUAGUUUUUCAAUUUCAUAUUUAUCACCUUAGUCUUUAA